AUGCAGAUUGCCUGCUCCCCUGAGUGCCUCGGUGCUGUUGCCGAGGCGUUCACAGGCCAGCAGGUGCAGGUGCUCGUGCUCCGCGAUGCCGACAUCGUCGAGCUUGCGAUCGCCAAGACCCUGCGUGACGAGGAGUCGUGUUCGGCGCUCGUCAAGCAGGGAGUUGAGGCUACGGUCAAGGAGCAGUUCCUCAAGCUCUUCGGCUUCGGAUCUGUUCUCAAGGGGUGUCAGACGGUGCUGGCGCGGGAGCCGCGGGUGGCUCACCAGGAGCCCUGGCGGGCUCGGGAGACGCCAGCCCUGGCCACGGAACCGCCUGCGUCCAGCGUGAGCGCUCCAACACGGGAGCAGGCGGCAAAGAAGAACCAGAUCUUGCUUCACCUGCAGUUGGACCGCAUCUCCUCGCAGCAGGAGGCGCUGGCCCAGGCGGUGAAGGAGCUGCAGCAGAAGAAAGAGGUCGCCCCCGUGGAGGCGGUGAAGACCUUCGCCUCGGAUGUGCUCGACGAGGGGAUCAGCACUGAAGGCGAAGAAGUGGUGGCUCAGCAGGCUGCCCCUGCCGCCGGCCUUCGCACGCUCAGCAACAAGGAGAAGAGGGAGCUUAACAAGCAGCGGAAGCUGCUCGACGCGGAGCGCAGCCUUCGCAGGCCUGGCUGGGAGAAGGACCCAGACACGGAGCCGCUGGAGGUGCCCAACGCAGAGCACCAUCCCGCGGGCCUCGAGUGGAUCUGGGAACAACUCGUAGCCAGGGCGAAGGAGACGGUGCGCAGGAUCACGCUAGCGCUCCACAUUUACAACAAAAUGCGCGCGGCCGCGCCCGCGUCCGAAACCGACGCGCUGGCGGCUGCCCACGCCCUGGAGCCUGGGAACCUCUGCGGCCUCCACUCGUUUAAGUUCAGCGGCAUCGCCAACGACCAGGUGCUGGGUCUUGCUCCGACCAAGACGGGCAAGAAGGAUAAGAUCACCCUCACCACCAAGGCCAAGAAGCCCGCGAAGCUGUUCGAGCCGAAGGGGCUGCUGCUUGAGAAGGGCAUCAAGAAGAGCGCCAAGAAGGGUCCCGAGCAGCUGAAGAAGGUCAUGGACGCGGGUUUCUACCGCAAGGAUCUCCUCGACCUCGCCAUGGCCAAGUACGCGAAGAUCAGGACUUCCUUCAAGACGAAGAAGCUGACGGUCAAGUCCCGCCGGGCCAAGGUCCCCUGGCCGCUCUGUCUGGCGGGAGACGGCGCCGCGGCAAAUAGGUGCCGUGACUGCCUCAGCCGCACGAAGGAGGCAGGACGUGCCGACGAGCGCGCAGCGCACGCCGCACUGCGGGAGCCUCGCGCGGUGCCCACCGCUGUGAG